AGCAACAAAAGAGUGAAAAUGGGCUGUUUAAAUUCUUUCAGACAUGCGUGUUUAGUUUUCGGCCCAGCAAGGCCCAUCCUGCAGCUCCGUCCAGCCGCAAUCUCCGGGCUCCGCUCCGGCCCCCCAUCCUCCGCGACUCCUGCGCCGCUCAGGUCGGUGCACCCCCAGACCCCAGAGCCGCACUCGCUCCUGGGCACACCCACAGCCCCCGGCGCGGCUCUCACAAAUAAAUCACCUCAGGAACCUCCUGCGCCGCUCAGGUCGGUGCACCCCCAGACCCCAGAGCCGCACUCGCUCCUGGGCACACCCACAGCCCCCGGCGCGGCUCUCACAAAUAAAUCACCUCAGGAACCUCCUGCGCCGCUCAGGUCGGUGCACCCCCAGACCCCAGAGCCGCACUCGCUCCUGGGCACACCCACAGCCCCCGGCGCGGCUCUCACAAAUAAAUCACCUCAGGAACCUCCUGCGCCGCUCAGGUCGGUGCACCCCCAGACCCCAGAGCCGCACUCGCUCCUGGGCACACCCACAGCCCCCGGCGCGGCUCUCACAAAUAAAUCACCUCAGGAACCUCCUGCGCCGCUCAGGUCGGUGCACCCCCAGACCCCAGAGCCGCACUCGCUCCUGGGCACACCCACAGCCCCCGGCGCGGCUCUCACAAAUAAAUCACCUCAGGAACCUCCUGCGCCGCUCAGGUCGGUGCACCCCCAGACCCCAGAGCCGCACUCGCUCCUGGGCACACCCACAGCCCCCGGCGCGGCUCUCACAAAUAAAUCACCUCAGGAACCUCCUGCGCCGCUCAGGUCGGUGCACCCCCAGACCCCAGAGCCGCACUCGCUCCUGGGCACACCCACAGCCCCCGGCGCGGCUCUCACAAAUAAAUCACCUCAGGAACCUCCUGCGCCGCUCAGGUCGGUGCACCCCCAGACCCCAGAGCCGCACUCGCUCCUGGGCACACCCACAGCCCCCGGCGCGGCUCUCACAAAUAAAUCACCUCAGGAACCUCCUGCGCCGCUCAGGUCGGUGCACCCCCAGACCCCAGAGCCGCACUCGCUCCUGGGCACACCCACAGCCCCCGGCGCGGCUCUCACAAAUAAAUCACCUCAGGAACCUCCUGCGCCGCUCAGGUCGGUGCACCCCCAGACCCCAGAGCCGCACUCGCUCCUGGGCACACCCACAGCCCCCGGCGCGGCUCUCACAAAUAAAUCACCUCAGGAACCUCCUGCGCCGCUCAGGUCGGUGCACCCCCAGACCCCAGAGCCGCACUCGCUCCUGGGCACACCCACAGCCCCCGGCGCGGCUCUCACAAAUAAAUCACCUCAGGAACCUCCUGCGCCGCUCAGGUCGGUGCACCCCCAGACCCCAGAGCCGCACUCGCUCCUGGGCACACCCACAGCCCCGGUGCGGCUUUCACAAAUAAAUCACCUCAGGAACCUCCGAGCCUGAACACAGGCAUUCCAGGCGCGCGUCCCUGCCACGCACGCUGAAGAAAUACAGUCCCCCACCACAUCACUCACCCUACGCUGAUUUAUUUCUUAACCAAGGCAGAAUAUUUACAGCAAAGAAAAACACACCCG